AUGACAGAGACGCCAGGAGUUAAGAUAGAGAAUAAGAGCCAAAUGGAUGCAGUAGUGAAUGUUUGGGAGAAUAUACGAGGGAAUGAGGGGCGGAGCAGCAGAAAUACUGGUCAUACAAGUGUGAAUGAAGAGGACAAGAAAAACAGCAAUGAAAGUGUGAGGCUGGGCAAAGAAGAUAUGGAAGACAACACAAGGAGUAUGAGAUCUAGUGAACAGAAGUACAGCACCAACAAUGGGAACGACAGGCUGAGUGAAGAGCAUGUGCAAGAUAAUGCUGAGGAUGCAGCCUUAAAAACAGAGCAUGUGCUGAUUGAGAAUUCGAUUAAGAAAGCUAUGAUGGAUUUCUUCCCUGUGGUGGAGUGUGCAUGGACUAUCAACCUGAUCAGCAUAUUGCUAUGUGCUGCGUUAUCCUGCUUCUGGCCAGUCAGCAGAUUUUUGAAUGGCAGGUUAUUGAUCAAAUGCAGCAAACGACCAGCAGUAAAUGAAGAAGAGGAAGACCUGAAUUCAGAGACUCUGGGGAACCAUGAUGCUGAUCCAGGAGCAUGGCCUUGGCUGGUCAGUGUACAGAUUGCAUCAAAGGAUGGAACUUACGGUCACACCUGUGGAGGAUCUGUCAUUGACAACUACUGGGUGCUGACGGCAGCUCACUGCUUCAAGGCCAAAGUAGCAAACAACGUAGAGAAAAUUAUGCUGGUGUUCGGAUUAGAACAGAUCUCGAGGUUUAGUAAAGACACAUACGCCAGACCCGUUGCAGAAGUCAUCAAGCAUGAAAAUUACAAUCCGGACACUGAAUCUAAUGACAUUGCCCUCAUCAAGGUCACUGAUCCCAUUGUGUUCACCGACUACGUGCAGCCAGUGUGCCUUCAGUACCAGAAACUUGAUAUUGCUGAACUCAAGCCUUGUGUCACUGCCGGAUGGGGCAUGGUGGAGGGGAAAGGUAGACGAGUAGAUAUUUUACAGGAACAAGAGAUCAGUAUAAUCCCGACAGCUAUCUGCAAUCAGGGUGAUUGGUAUAAUGGCUCAUUGUCUGAUCAAGUCCUGUGCGCUGGAUUUAAAUGGGCCGGACCAGACAGGUGUCAGACGGAUAGCGGAGGCCCAUUGGUAUGUAAAGUGCUUGGAGCAGGUAAAUUCUAUCAACUAGGAAUCACCAACUGGGGCUUAGGUUGUGGUCACAAGGUCCAUCCAGGCAUCUACACAUCUGUGCGGAAGUACAUUGAGUGGAUUGAGUGGAAAACGUCAAAACUGGGUGAAAGGCAAAUGGCAGCUGAAGGUUCUCGCAUGGCAUCGAUAAAUAAGAAAAACAGUGCUAUCCGUUCACAAGUUUAUGGCUUUCUCACAGCAGUUGGGCUGGUGUCUCUCUUUAUCUAA